GGCUGGAGGGAGGCUGGCCUCGAGAAGAGAGCCAGGAUGGCCGAAGGCCCGGGCCGGGAAGGCGAGCCGUGUCACCAGGCUCAGCUGGAAGCUCAGAAAGCCACGCAGGACUUCCAGAGGGCCACAGAGGUGCUCCGCGCCGCCAAGGAGACCAUCUCCCUGGCUGAGCAGAGGCUGCUGGAGGAUGACAAGCGACAGUUCGACUCGGCCUGGCAGGAGAUGCUGAACCACGCCACGCAGCGGGUCAUGGAGGCAGAGCAGACCAAGACGAGGAGUGAACUGGUGCAUAAGGAGACCGCAGCCCGGUACAAUGCUGCCAUAGGCCGCAUGCGACAGCUGGAGAAGAAACUCAAGAGAGCCAUCAGCAAGUCCAAACCUUAUUUUGAACUCAAGGGAAAGUACUACGUGCAGCUUGAGCAACUGAAGAAGACAGUUGAUGACCUGCAGGCCAAACUGACCCUGGCGAAAGGAGAGUACAAGACAGCCCUGAAGAACCUGGAGCGGAUCUCGGAUGAGAUCCAUGAGCGGCGGCGCUCCAGUGCCAUGGGGCCUCGGGGCUGUGGCGUGGGCGCUGAGGGCAGCAGCACGUCUGUGGAAGACCUGUCCGGAGGCAAACCUGAGCCGGACGCAGUUUCUGUGGCCUCAGAGGCUUUCGAAGACGACAGCUGUAGCAACUUUGUGUCUGAAGAUGACUCGGAAACUCAGUCUGUGUCUAGCUUCAGUUCAGGACCAACAAGCCCAUCGGAAAUGCCAGACCAGUCUCCUGCGGUUGCAAGGCCCGGCAGCCUGGACCUGCCCAGCCCCGUGUCCCUGUCGGAGUUUGGGAUGAUGUUCCCGGUGUUGGGCCCACGGAGUGAGUGCAGCGGGGCCUCUUCCCCCGAAUGUGAAGGAGAACGAGGUGACAGGGCAGAAGGGGCAGAGAAUAAAACAAGUGACAAAGCCAACAACAAUCGAGGCCUCAGCAAUAGCAGUGGUGGUGGCAGGGGUAAGAGCCAAAGCAACAACACCUCCCCUGAGGGCCAGGCCUUGGAGACCCAGAUGAAGCAGCUCUCUCUUCAGUGUUCGAAAGGAAGAGAUGGGAUUAUUGCUGACAUAAAAAUGGUGCAGACUGGCUGAUCCAUUGAGCUAUGCCCGUGUGCAAGAGAGUUAUUUCUAUGUGAAACUGGAGAACAUUGUGCCAAUAAUCAUUUAACAUAUGCCAAACCUUACGCAUUCACUCUAAACUGCACUAAUGAAGUUUCAGUGACCUAGAGGGCUGAAAAGUUUCCUUCCAGUGAGAGCUCUUGGGCUGGUUUGUUUUUUUCAGAGCAGAGUUAUCGCAGGUGGACUGUUACCAGGGUCACAGCCUAUGUGGAACAUUCCCUGUAAGAGGGUUGUGGAAGCUAUAACUAGUUCCUGUGAAAGAACCCAAGCCAAGAAUUGGGCUGGAAGUUUAGUCCAACUGGAGACUGUAACUUGAGUCUUCUUCUGCCCUCGGUUGUGGGAAACUGAGAUGUUCUCGCCAUUAUAUCCCAGGGCAUUUAAAUAGUUUUAAAACCUACAUACAGCCGGGGAUUUAGCUCAGUGGCGCCAUGCCUGCCUCACAAGUGCAAGGUCCUGAGUUUGAUCCCCGGUACCAGUCCCCCCACAAACCCUACGUACGCUAAAACUCAAGUGUUCAGAGCACACCUUUUUGACCUAGUGAAGGCUUAAAAAUUCCAAGAACACGAUUCAUUUUCAUCACCUCUGGUGUUCAGAGAGGGCUUUUAAGAAAGCAUGUAUGCUGGGACACUCAUUAAAACCAUAACCUAGGAAGGCUACCAUGAACUGCACUUUCGGGGUGGGAAAGGUGAAUGUCAGCGUGGGGGUGGGGGAUGAGGGUAGCAAGGACACAUCAUAGGAGGGAAUUAGUGGCUGUAGGAAGGAAGGGUACAUAACCUUAUCCUGCCAGCCAAGGGGAUUUAUUCUAAGAGAAGUGCAUGUGAAGAAUGGUUGCCAUUGUUAUAUCUAGAUUGA